GAUUUUUGCACGUGACUUUAGACAUUUCAUAUUAUUCCCGCAUAUUUUAUAUAAAACAAUAACAAGUGCGCAGUGCUCGUGGUAUUAAUACUUUUUUUUAAAUAAAAAUGGCGAGUACUGCAGUUGUAGCUGGUAUAGGACUUGCGGUGAUAGGAUUUACUGGUAGAUAUAUUUUGAAAUCAAUGCCUACGUUGUCGAAACGAAUGGCCGAAGCUUAUAAAACUUUACCGAAAUUAGAUUCGCAGUCAUUAGCUAACAGCAAAUAUUACAAAGGAGGAUUUGAAGCGACGAUGACUAAAAGAGAAGCCAGUUUAAUUCUAGGAGUUUCACCGACAGCAAAUAAAGCCAAAGUUAAGGAACGCUUCAAGAAAGUCAUGUCUGCUAAUCAUCCAGAUCGUGGUGGAUCUCCUUACCUAGCGGCCAAAGUAAACGAAGCUAAAGAUUUGAUGGAAAAAUAGUGAAAGUUUAUUUUUAAAAAUUUAUUAGGCAACUAAAUAAUGUACAUACUUGAUUAAAAAAAAAAUUAAUUAUAGACCUUAAUAAAAUCAUGAUUAUACUUAA